UGUCGUUGGCAACACCAGGUUCGGCCCUUUUCUCUUUCUACAUCUCUUUAGUCUACUUUUACUACUAAUGUCUCUCAAUAUGGACGAGGAAGAUGCUCCUCCUGAUCUAGUGGACGUUUCCCAGCUCCCCGAAGAUGAACUCCGGAGAUUAUCAGUGGACUCGCCGCCGCAGCGCGUGCCUAUCACGCUGGUCACCGGCUACCUGGGUGCGGGUAAAACCACCCUGCUCAACUAUAUCCUCACCGAAAAGCAUGGCAAGAAGAUUGCCGUGAUCAUGAACGAAUUUGGAGACUCAACCGACAUCGAAAAGCCCUUGACAGUCAACCAAGAUGGCCAAGAGGUAACCGAGUGGCUUGAAGUCGGAAAUGGCUGUAUCUGCUGUUCAGUCAAGGACUCUGGCGUAAUGGCCAUCGAGUCUCUAAUGGAACGCCGCGGAACAUUCGACUAUAUCUUACUUGAAACCACCGGCCUCGCUGACCCAGGCAAUAUCGCCCCUGUCUUCUGGGUCGACGAUAACCUCGGCAGUUCGAUAUACCUCGACGGGAUCGUUACCCUCGUCGACGCCAAAAACAUCCUGCAUUUGCUGGACGAGCCAACCCCCGAGGAAACCGUCUCUGCACAUGAAAAUGAUAACAGCCAUACACAUGCGCAUUCGGGACCCGUGUUAUCCAUGGCUCAUAUGCAGAUUUCCCAUGCGGACGUGAUUAUCCUUAACAAGGCAGAUCUCGUUACUCCCGACGAACUCGAGCGCGUCCGCGACAGGAUCUCUGCUAUCAAUAGUGCAGCUAAGAUCCACGUUACGGACCAUAGCCGCACGCCGCAAAUCGAAGGGGUAGUUCUAGACUUGCAUGCAUAUGAUCAUCUGGAUAGUUUAGAUUUUGGUCAGAAGGGACAUAGCCAUAUUGACCCGGCUAUCUCAACCAUCGCCAUCACGCAUCCUCAACUCUCACCCUUGCAAAUCCCCCAUGUAGAUGAGUGGCUCCGCUCUGUUCUCUGGGACUCCAAGCUCCCAAAUUCCGAGGAUGGGUCGUCACCGCCAAGUGAUUUCGAUAUUCACCGGCUAAAGGGUAUACUCGCUCUCAAUGAUGGAUCGAGUAGGAUUAUCCAGGCUGUGCGUGACGUUUUCGAGAUCCGCGAUGGGCAGCCAGCAUCCACGCCGUCUAGUGAGGCCAAGACGCAAUGCAAAAUGGUGCUUAUUGGAAGGGGUUUAGGACCAAAUGCUCUACCAUGGCAGCAGAACUUUGACGAAUUCCUAGCACGUCAUGAGUAGAGUCUCUUAAUUGAUGAGCCGACUUUUGAUAAAAAAAUGUUUAGGGUUAUGACUUAAAGGCAUCCAUCUGUACAUAUGUAUGAAGAUACACAAAUCAGAUAAUAUCCAAAUGGUCAGCGAUGCUCUGAGGGACAGUCACGGUGGCCUUCGCAUAUCGGGUUGUUUGGUUGAUGCCUAGCAGGGGCCAAGAGGUAACCAAAUAAGCGCAAAAAGAUCAUUUCCAAAUUAAUACAGCCGCUGC